CCGCGUUCCAGAGAGUAAACUCGGGAAACGCGGAAGCAAAACAGAGGGGCGUUUACGCACAGCCUGCAUGGUUGACAGCUACAGAAAAAAAAAUCAAUUGUUCUGACAGCUUAGACUAAACUAAUCGAUUGCUUAUAUCAGCGCGUUAUGCUGAGAGAAGGCGACUGACGCAGCUCAUUGAUACCCAGAUCGUGAUUGUGUCUCUGCAUCCCUGGACUGUGCGGCAGAAUGAAGAGCUCGCCGUGGCCCAGAGGGAGGAAGCUGGUCCACCUGGAUUUGAAAGGCGCGCCUCCAAGACCUGAGUACCUGCACAAGCUGAUCGAGCUGUUCUCCGGCCUGGGAGCCGACGGCCUGCUGGUGGAGUAUGAGGACAUGUUUCCCUAUGAGGGGGAGCUGAAGGUGCUCCAGGCCACGGCACACCCUGCCUACAGCCGGGAGGAGGUGCUGUCUAUCCAGGAUGUCGCCAAAUCCAGAGGGCUGGAGGUCAUCCCUCUGGUGCAGACGUUUGGUCACAUGGAGUUUGUGCUGAAGCACCGGGCGCUGUGGGGCCUGAGAGAGGUGGCCCACUGUCUGGGCACCCUCAAUCCCCACAAGGAGGAAGGGGUGAAGCUGGUGAUAGAGAUGCUGAGGCAGGUGGUGGAGCUGCAUCCGGACCUACACACACUGCACAUCGGAGCAGACGAGGUGUAUCUGCUAGGUGAGGGGGAGGAGUCCAAACUGUGGCUGGCUUCACCUGGACGCACAGUGGAGCAGCUCUUCCUGAGUCAUGUGGCCAAGGUAGCCAAGGCCGUCAAGGAGGCGUGGCCUCACCUGAACGUCAUCAUGUGGGACGACAUGCUGAGAGGAAUGAGCCAUGACACACUGAAAGCGAGUGGUCUAGCAGAACUGGUCCAGCCCAUGCUGUGGGACUACAGCCCUGCACUGGAUGUGGACAAAACUGUGUCUCUGCUGGGGAAGUAUCACCGUGCGGGUCUGUCAGAGCUGUGGGCAGCCAGCUCCUUUAAAGGCUCCACCUGUGUUCACUCCAGUGUGACCAGCACACACAGACAUGUGGAGAACCACCUGCAGUGGCUGAAGGUGGCAGCCUCCGCCCCGGCUGGAGUGAAGCUGCAGGGCAUCGCCCUCACAGGCUGGCAAAGGUAUGACCAUCUGUCGGUUCUGUGUGAGCUGAUGCCGCUGGCUGUUCCAUCGCUGGCAGCCUGUCUGCAGACCCUCAUCCAGGGCCAGUUCAGCGCCGAGGCUCAGAGCAAGGUGAUGGAGAGCCUGGGUAUAUCCUCUGUGGAGGUCGAGGCCAUGGAGAGGGCUUCUUCGGGUGAAACAGUGUUUGCAGGGAGGAGGCUGGCCGAGCGGGUCGUGGAUCUCACGUUGCUGCUAAACUCAGAGGACAUGCGUGACUUUGAAAACAACAUGUUUGUAAGAGGAUGGUUCACUCCCUACCACCGGCAGAGGAAGAUGGUCAACCCUCUGAUCACCAUGCAGAUUCAGAGUCAUGCGACAACGCUGUUGGCUGUGCUGCAGGAGAAGGAGGAGGCGGUGAGGGAGGAGAUGGCUCGUCUCUACCCAGACGCUACAGUCCAGGAGUGGAUAGAGCAGCAUGUCGGCCCUGUGGUGGCCCCUCUGCAGAGGAUAACAGAGGAUAUCAGAGCCUGUCUGGAGGAGAUGGUGCCUCCGAGCGACACACCAUCUCCGCCUCGGCAAUAAGUGACCCUUAAGUCCAGGUUGAGAGGAUGAACGGUACGGGAUGUGCAGAGGGACAUAAGGGGAUGAAAUGUUCACAAUGAAUGUGGGUGACUCCUUAAUUCUGCAACCGGCAAUGGGAAAAUGCUCCUACGGGUCUUGAAAAAUUCUUUAAAACUUGUGGAAAUAAGGUCUAAGAAAGGACUGUUGACCUUAAAAGUAUGUUUUUCUUUCUUAGUAAAAACAUAGAGCCCAUAUUCAUCAUUACACUUCUGCUGUGAAUCAACACUGGGUAUUUGUGUAAAGGUAGCAGCUGUUUCAUAAUUAAUCGUUUGACUUGAUUUCUACACUGGGUGAAAUCGUGUGUUAUCGUAAGGCACCUGUGUCUAAUGUAGACCCAAAUAUGCACAUUUUAAAUCAUUUAAUUUCAUGAAAUAAGACUUUGAAGGUCAUUGAAAAGUCAUUGAGGUUGAUGUGAAGUGAGAGUGCGAACCCUGAUGGGAGAAUGGGAAUGAUUACGCAUGUGCAAGUGCUAACUGCUGUAUCUGUGUGCUACCUGCAGCAGAAAAAACACAAGGUAUUAUAAUAAAGUUUUUUAUUAAUAUAAAAAAAAGAUUAAAAAAGAAAAAAAAAUCUCAUUUGACAUUUCUUUUCCAAGCAGCAUACACUCAUUCUUGCCAUCAGCCAUGGAGAAAAAGAAACACAAAUAAAAGCCCCAAAAAAGAGCAUAGUUUGAGAAGUGUUUGCCUGAGAUUCAUUCUUUGGUUUAC